AUGUUUGCAUACGACUGGUACAAUGGCACUGUGCUGGAGAAUGCCCCACAAGGGACUAUUAUCGUGUUUCCACACAACAUCACGAUGAUUAACGCGACAGACUUAGAUACAGGGCGAAAUGGCGAACUUGAGUAUACUUUUUCUGGAAGCAACGGAGCGGAGCGGUUCUUCAACAUGGACAGUCAGGGACAGUUAUCAGUGGUAGCCAAACUGGACUACGACAGUCUUCCGCAGGAGUUCAUUAUGACAGUAGUGGCAUCUGACAAGGGAGUACCGUCUAAGAGUGCUGCCACCAAGGUCGCCAUCUUUGUCCAAGACGUCAACGACAACGCUCCACUUUUCCAGUUGUUUGGUUUCCCAGAGAUUCCAGUGAAUGCCAGUGGCGAGCUAGGACGCACGGUAGGGCGGUUCCUGGCCACAGACAAAGACAGUGGGUCGUACGGAACAGUUCGACACUCUAUAACCAACGAAAGCAACCCUGAUGCUGUAUUUGCUGUCAACGAAGACACCGGAGAGCUGAGCGUCGUGCGUUACCCAGCCCAAUAUCGAUAUGACCUUACCAUUUUGGCGGAAGAUGGAGGAGAGCCACCAAAGUCCGCCAUCUUGCCUGUUGUUAUUUCUGUCUACGGACACCUUGUUGAGGAACGAAAUGAUACAGUCGUUGUGAACCCUACGACUAACACCGUAGCACCGGUUUCCACGACCCUUAGGAGUUCUUCAACUACGGGCACCCCGGGUAAAAUGACAAGUGGUGAGACAGUACCAACGCCGAAGACGACGACAACACAAGCGACUAUGGUGAAGUCCCAACAAGAACCAUGGUACCAGACGGUGGGUUUCAAGGCCGGCGCAGGCGCAGUGGGCGGAGUGGUGGCACUGUGCCUUAUUGCUGUUAUUGCCUAUCGCUGUGUCUGGGGACAGAAAUAUAAUAAAGUCAGCUCAAUGCCAGAGCACCCCCGUAGGUCGUCCCCCAUGACGUACACAUACCAGAUGACAUUUAUCAAGGCAAACAAUUACGUCACUGAAGGAGACAUCGGCGACAUUGAGGACAUUAAUGCCUCGUCGGAUAGUGAGAACGAGACCGAUUUCGCUUCAUUUCCACCUUGGAGACAUGCAUUUAGCAAUUAG